AUUCACAAACAAUUGGAACAGCGUAAAAAUGAAGUACCUUAUAUUGAUAGCCGUUUUGGUUGUCUUCGUAUCUACAGAUGAAGUGUACUAUCAUACAGCUGGUGAUCAGAUUGACGUGGAUAAAGUGAUGAACAACCCAGUGGAGCUGCAGGCUUUCAUCGACUGCUUCCUUGAUAGAAACCCAUGUACUCCAAUCUCUCAAAGCUAUAAGGAUAAUCUAGAAGAUGCGGUUAAAACAGCCUGUUUAAAAUGUACUACAGUGCAGAAGAAAAAUUUCCUGAAAUUUAUUGUAGGAGUUCAAAAAACGGUGCCUCAAGAAAUGGAAGCAUUUAAAAGCAAAUACGACCCAAAAGGAAUUUACUUCAGUCCGCUUUUGAAAGCAUUAUCGGAAGUUGAAUAUUACAGAAACUUAAAAAUGAAAGUCCUCAUAGUUCUUUCGGCUAUGGUCGCAUUGAGCAUGGGUAUUGCCUUCUACAAAACUGGCAAUGAUCAUUUGAACAUAGAUAAGUUGAUGAAGGACCCGGUUAUUGUUAAGGGCUAUAUGGACUGCUAUUUGGGUCGCGCUCCCUGCUCCCCUCUCGCACAGAGCUACAAAAAAGAAAUACGAUCCCAGCAACCACUACAUACCUGCUCUUCAGAAGAUUAUUGGCUCUUACUAAACAUUGUAAUAUGUCAAAACUAUAAGGAAGAAUUGGCUCUACAAAUAAUAAACGAAAUAGACCGGGAUUAUGCUUUAUAUAACAAUUUGCCUGCGUCUUAUCAACAGAUAAUUGAUUUGAGCAUUAGAAAUAGUUUAGUAUACAGCGAACGGGGAUGGUCUUUAGAAACGGCAACAUUGAUAUAUUGUGCUGGCUGGGAAGAUAUAUACGAAACAAAAAUACGCAAAGUAGUGCAGAUUAUGAUCGCCAGAUCACAGCGACCAUUGGAGAUCGUAGCCUUCAAUAUAAAGAUAUUUGAUAUGGAUCUAUUUGUUUCGUUUGAAAUGAAGACCAUAAUACUUCUGUGUACUCUUUUUGGCGCUUCGAUGGCCCAGCAAAUAGAAUAUUAUAGAACAGCCAAUGACUAUUUGGACAUGAACGCCGUGGUUGAAGAUCCGAAGAAACUACAGGAAUUCGUCGACUGCUUCUUGGAAAGACAACCUUGUGAUGAGGUGCCGGCUAGCUAUUUGGCCAUAAUUCCCGAUUCUUUAGAAACGGCGUGCGUAAAAUGUAACCCAGCUCAAAAACAUUUGGCUAACACCUUCUUGACUGGCUUACGCAAGAAAAUGCCCACGGAAUAUGAUAACUUCGUCAAGAAGUUUGAUCCUGAAGGAAAAUACAUGGACACCUUUUUGGAAAUUGUUAAAGGAUAUUAAGGGACUUCGAAUGAUUGAUUUACAGCAACUAUAGACUCUAGAGAUAAAUAUUUAUCUAAUAAAAAUAUUAAACAUUA